AGGAUCCACCUCAAGAUUGUUCAGUUCAGGUCCUUCAUUUCAAUUAUUGGAUGCCGGUGCCCAUAUUUACGAUUUCGAAUUAUAUCUGCCCGGUAAUCUGCCCGAAACUAUAACUGCUGAUCGUGGUAGAGUCUCCUAUAAAAUUGUUGCACGUGCUGUACGUGCAGGAUUACAAACAAAUCUUAAUGUGUCACAGCGUGUGACAAUAAUACGAACAAUAUUUGAUGAAAGAAAUGGGGAAGGAAUAGUCUAUUCAAACGAUUGGAGAAAAACUUUAGGUUAUGAAAUAAAUUUGUCAAAGAAAGCAUACAUGCUUGGCGAAUCAAUGCGAGUUGAUUUAAAAUUUAGUCCUCUUAUUCGAGAUGUACAAAUUAUUGCCAUCCAGUUAAAAAUUUAUGAAGAAUCUACUUAUAAAUCUAAUGGUCAAAAAGUUACUGAAUCCCAAACUUUUGACGCAUUUCAUUGUCGAUUUGAUGAUCCCGCUAUCUCCAAAUCUGUUGGUGAAGAUGGAAAUAUUUAUUGUCACAUCGCGCCUCGAAUGCCAGAAUGCACCGGUCCGAUUCAUUAUUCAUGUAAAUCUUCUGGAAUAACCAUAACGCAUAAACUAAGAUUUCUUUUCACGGUAACGACUCCAGUUGCUGAUAGCUCUAAGGGCAAAAGGAAUAAAUUUGAAGUCAAUAUGCCAGUUACUAUACUUUCAUGUAUAUGUGCCGAUGAUUUACCAACGUAUGAUGAAGGUGAAUUCAUUAACGGGUCAUUGCUUCAAUAUGGCAAUGAUUUAGUAACUUUUACGGCCAUCCGAUCUCAGCAAGAUUUAUUUUUGAGAGACCUACCGCCAGACUAUGAAAAUCUAUUGAAAUGA